AUGGCGGGCAGUCGGCUGGAAACCGUGGGGAGCGUUUUCACGCGGACGCGAGACCUGAUUCGGGCUGGGGUGUUGAAGGAGAAACCCCUUUGGUUUGACAUAUAUAACGCCUUCCCUCCGCUGCGGGACCCGGUCUUCCGAAGGCCUCGCUUGCGAUAUGGCAAAGCUAAAUCUCCCACCCAGGACAUCUUUUACCGCGAGGAUCAGAUUAGAGCGAAAUUUUAUUCAGCCUAUGGAUCAGGUCCAAAAGCUUUUGAUCUGUUCAACCCAAACUUCAAGUCUACCUGUGAACGGUUCGUGGAGAAGUACAUUGAGUUACAGAAACUUGGAGAAACAGAUGAAGAGAAGUUAUUUGUGGAAGCAGGGAAGGCUUUGUUGGCAGAAGGUGUCAUUUUAAGACGACUAGAAAAAGCAAGGACUCAACAGGAAGGUAGUCAAGUUUCUCGGAAAUCUGAACCCAUGGGUGUCGAAUCCCAAACUGCAUUGGAGGAGAACCCACCUCUGAAAGAAGUUCCACAGCCCCAGGAUUUGGAGGCACCUGGAGAAGAAUCGAAAGGCCUCUCACCUCCCUAA